AUGGUGGACAAUUGGGAGCCGGAGUUCUCCGCGUCGGCCACUGGCAAUGCCGUGCUGGACGCGGCGCGUGGAAUCACGGGUUCAGGAGCCGCAGCUACGCAGGAACAGGGCCGUGCUGAAUGGACGCGACUGGAGCUCUGCAUUAUCGCUAGUCUGCAGCUAGUGCUGGUGCUGGUUGCCUACCGCAUGGACCGCUCACAGCACCCGAUGCUGAUCUCCGAGUCAGCUGUUGCCAUCUUUUUCGGCGUUUUGUUUGGUGCCAGCAUACUGAUCUUUUAUCCGAUGGAAUCACUAAACAAUGGCAUGGACCCUGAAGUGCUCUUCUACGCGCUGUUACCACCGAUUAUCCUGGAAGCUGGAUUCAAUAUGAAGAAAACGGGAUUUUUCUCCAACUUCAACGCAAUCAUGCUGCUAGCUAUCGUGGGAACACUAAUCGCGACGUUCAUCACGGGUGGGAUACUGCUUUGGGUUGGAGACAUGGGUCUCAUCACCAAGCUGACGGCUGCAGAGGCGUAUCUUUACGGCGCUCUUAUCUCAGCAGUGGAUCCAGUCGCCACACUGUCAGUGUUCAAAAAGAAUGGUGUCCCUCCACUUCUAUUCAAUCUUGUCUUCGGUGAAAGCAUGCUAAAUGACGGCGUUGCUAUUGUGUCGUUUACACUGUUUCAAGGCCUUAUUCGAGAUGGUAUAGCUGACGUUACCUUGAAUAACGCGGGUCUAAUUAUUAUCGAGGUGUUCGGUAUUGGCUUCGGCUCAGUGGGUCUGGCAGCAGUCGUGUGCUUCACGUCGGCGUUUUUACUCAAGCAAGCCGACCCAGUACUUCAGCAAUAUCCUUCCUACGAGAUUUCAAUUGUACUGCUAUCUGCGUACUUGAGUUACGUGAUCGCUGACCUCGUUGGAAUGAGCGGUAUCGUGGCGCUGUUCUUCUCGGGGGUGCUGAUGAGCCACUACCACUUGCACAACAUUGCAGACGAGAGCGCAACGGCUCUGAGGCAUCUACUGACGACGUCGUCCUUUUUGGCCGAGAACUUUGUAUUCGUCUACAUGGGAAUGAGUGUGGUGGCGUACUCUGGGUACUUUACAUGGGACUGGGGAUUUAUUCUCGCCAAUUUGGUCGCUUGUCUUGUGGGUCGCUUGCUGAACACGUUCCCCAUGUGCAUGCUUGCGAACUUUGGACGGUCAGAAGACAACAAGAUUCCGUUGAGUCACAUGGUGGUUAUUUGGUUUGCUGGACUACGAGGUGCAAUUGCCUUUGCUCUGGCCCUGAAUGUCUACACACCCAACCGUGUGCAUGCAAGUGUCAUACAAAGCACGACGCUAUUUACCGUCAUGUUUACGACUCUGGUCUUUGGAAUGGGUACAAGUCCGGUGCUUCGCUACUUUGGCUUGACAGCUAGACAGGAGCAGGAACGAGCACAUGACGACGAGGGUGUGAACGAACGUCUGCUGAGCGACGAUGUCGAGCAUGACGCGGACACUUCAUUCCGCCCCAUUGAUCGCUCAACUCCCCGUCGCAAAGUCAGUGGUAUCCAUGGCCUUUGGGAACGCAUUGAUGAGGAGUACCUGAAGCCACUGUUCGGUGGUCGUCCACGCGAUCAGCAGCAAGAAGUGGACGAGUCAAUCGCAGCGAUGGCGAAGAACCACGACGACGCCGAGAAUGCAGUGUAA